CAUCAUUCUCAAUAUUUUUUUUUAAAGCUUUAUAUUAUAUACAUAUAUAUUCUUCUACAAUUUUCUAUAAUAUUAAAUAAAUAUUAGGGUUCUUGAUAUUCAGAUUAUAUCACUACUACUUCCUUAUUAUACUACUUUCCCCCAACAUUAAUUUUAAUUUUGUUUUCUCCAUGAAUGUUUUUUGUUCUAAUUGACAAAAACCUUAAACAUCAAAAUUACACCUGUCAACUCCAUUUCUUUGAGCUGUCAAAAAACCAGGUGAUUUUGUUCUUGAAUUCUUUUUUCCUCCAUUGCUGACUAUUCAAGAAAAGGUAGAAACAAAAAAAGAGUGAAUUGAUAGGUGGUGGUGGGCUUCAUGGAAUUUUAUAAAACAACAAUUGUAGAGGUAUAUGAUUUUAAUAAAAAGAACCCCUUUUAAAUUUUUUUAUCAAAAUUUGUUUAAUUUAUUUUUUCUUGAUUUUUUUGUUUUUUAGUCAUUUUCUUGAUUAAUGUAUAUUGUACUUGAAAACCCCAGAAAAAAGGUGUACUCUUUUUGUGUUAGUUGUGCGUUGAUAGAUUGUAUCACUCUUUAUUACAAUAAAAAGAACCCCUUUUUCAGUUUUUAAUCAAAAUUUAGUUAGUUUAUGUUUUCUUGUUUUUUUUUUUUGUUUUUUUUUUUUUGGUGUGUGUGUAUUGAAUUUAGUCAUUUUUUGAUUAAUGUAUGUUGAGUUUAGAAAUCCCAGAAAAAAGUUUAAUCUUUUUGUGUUAAUGGUGAGCUGAUAUGUAGUUUUUUUUUGUUUUUUUGGGUUUAGUGUUUUAGUCAUUUCUUGAAUAAUUAGUAUUGGUUGUGCUAAAAACCUCUGAAAGGUACAAUUUUUUUGAGUUAAUGGAAGGAUGGUCAAGGUUAAUUGGUGUUGAGAGUUUAAAGAACUUGUUUGAUCAAGUUCUUGGUGUUUAUCUAAGUGAGGGAAGUGAGAAAAAAUGGGUUAGGCCUUUUCCAGUUUUGACUUGUAAUGGGCAACCUCUAGAGUUGUUUAAACUUUACUGGAUUGUGAGGAAAAUAGGUGGUUAUGACUCGGUUUCGAGCAAGAGGUUGUGGGAUUAUGUAGCAGAUUUUUGUGGGUUGGACAUUGGGGCUGUUGGCAGUGUGAAGUUGAUUUAUGUUAAGUAUUUAACUGAAUUUGAUCAUUGGCUAAGGGAAUUAGUUAACGAUGGAAACGUGGGGGGAGGAGAGGGUGUUGUUGUUCGGCAACUUGAUUUGUUGUCGAAGAAGUUGGAGACGAUGUUUAGGAGUUCGUUGCCCCAUAGUGGUCAGGAAAAGAAAGAAACUAAUUAUCCUUCGAUAAAUGGUUGCAAGGAAGAGCUUAUUUGUAAGGUCAAUAGUCAGGUUGAUUUUGAAAUGUUUACAGCUGAAAGUGUUAAUGAAAUUAAUGAUGGUGAACACAGGAUUCCCAACCUUUGCAAUGGUGUCGAAACACCUGUUUCCAAGACUGACGAGGGAACCGUCUUUGUGGUAUCUACCGAGGGGGUUGUUGAGGAAGUCCUUUAUCCUACCGAAUCAAAAAGGCAGCAUGACGAUGAAAAUGACGAAAAAUUUGUUACCCAGAAUGGUAAAAUUUAUUCAGCAUCUACCGACAAGGUGAUGCAGGACGUAGUUGUUUCUCGCAAGAGAAAAAGAGAGGCUUCGUGCGUGUCUGGAGUGUUGGACUGGAUUAGCUACGUUGCAAGACAUUGUAAGGUUCCUGAAAUUGGAGACAUUCCAAACUCUUCGAAGUGCAAAGGUCAUACAAGCGCUGAGUACUGGUCCAAGGUGUUGCUGAUUAGGAAAAAAAUACUGGAGAAAGAAUCUAACCCUCAGACGAAGAAGAAGAAGAAGAAGAUGAAUCCGUUCAUGUACAACGAAGAAAAAAUCAACAGUCAACCCGCAGAAAAAGUAAGAUUCAGCACAAGGAUCCCCAUUCCAAAAAGACAUAUUCUCUGCCAAGGUUACACCUCAGGUCCGAUCUCGCAAAAGAAAGGUGUAACUCAUAAGAAGAGAGAAGUUGUUGCUGUGCCAGAUAUUAAAGGUGAUACUGAUCUUGUUGAGGUGCCAGUAACACAAAAGAAUGUUAGAGGUGCUGAUGUUGUCGAGGUAUCAGUAAAACAAAAGAAUGUUAAAGGUGCUGAUGUUGUCGAGGUAUCAGUAACACAAAUGAAUGAAGAUCGCGUUGAUCAGCCGACACACGUUGAACCUCUUGUGGGUCCGCUCUAUCAAGCGGAGGUCCCUGAAUGGACUGGAGUGGUUACCGAGAGUGAUUCCAAAUGGCUAGGCACACGAAUGUGGCCUCCAGAAGUGGAAAAAACAGCAGCAUUGGUUGUUUCUGAUCCUCCUAUUGGAAAGGGAAGACCAAGUGCAUGUGACUGUAUAUUUCCGGGAUCUGUUGAGUGCAUCAGGUUUCACAUUGCUGAGAAGAGGACUAACUUGAAGUUCGACCUUGGUCCAUUGUUCUUUCACUGGAGGUUCCACCGCAUGGGGGAGGAAGUAUCGCUGUCAUGGACAGCUGCCGAGGAACAAAGGUUCAAAGAUUCCAUAAGUUCUACCUCGAGAAAGAACUUGUGGAAGAACUACAAGAAGCUGUUCCCGUCCAAGACUUGGAACAUGUUGGCUAGUUAUUACUUCAACGUGUUCCUUGUCAAGCGUCGGAGGUAUCAAAACCGGGUCACUCCAAAAGACCUCGACAGCGACGAUGAUGAGAAAGGCUUUGGUUGCAUCGGCGGCGGUCUUGGUGACAGUGCAGUCCAUGUACCAAACUCCAGGUCUUCACUGAUAUGCUUCCACAAUAAGGCAUCUGGUGAUCUGGUGUAAUACAACAUGAGCUUGGCAAUUUUGACACAGAAUUUGGUUAGUACUAGUGGUUAUUUGAUGUUGAACAUCAAGUGAGAUGAUGGGGGCAAGGGCAAUUACUUUUUAGUAGACUUUAUGUGAUAUCUUGUUAUGUAAAAUUAUUUUUUGAAUAUUGGCAAAUAGUGCUUUAUCAUAGUUUAAACAAUUUACAUACAAGGAUUCAAACUCUUCUUUAAUGUUGUUUUAUGCUUAGCAGCAAUGUAUAAGAUUAGCCUAAGAUCAGUUUUGAUCUAAGCAGCACACAUGUGCUAUGGGUUAAAAUGAAAUAAUGUUGCACGAGGCAAUUUGGUUUAUCUUUCAUCAAA